AUAGCUAGUGGACGAAGCAGUAUGUACGGGGACAGGGACCGUGGACCUAGAAGUGAGACCAGCAGUCUUGGAGCACCGAGCGGUACAAUGCCACAUGAUGUGAAUGAAACAGAAACAGAACGGGAUAACUCCUCAAGAUUACACAGUCUUCGUUUGAACUUGUUAGAGAAGUUAUUACAGUUCUUGCCUAGCGUGUCAAAGCAGGGGGGUGUGGCUGCUAUACCAUUUAUGCAGGUCUUGCUAAUGUUGACCUCUGACCUUGACGCUGAGGAGGAAAAAGAUCGUACGGCUCUAGAUAACAUGCUGCAGGCGUUGUUGGUGGAACUGGAUCUGUCUGGUGCCGGGCUCGACACUGUGUCGUGCAGGAGUAAGGCGAUGGAAGUGAAACUGGUGUACAUGAGACUAUUAAGUGUACUACUCUCAAGGACUAAGGCAGGGACGAAACCAUCUACUGAGUCUUCAUCGUUUGUGAGUAACACAACAGCCAAUGCCUUGUUGUCCAGUGGAACAAUCACUUACUGUUUGACCAUACUACAGAAUCUUCUACCAUACUGGAGAAACUACAAUCCAGCAGAGGAGGAAACUGCUCCAUUGCCAGGACAACUGUUGAAGCCACGCCCAACAUCACCACCCCCAGAUAUGAGCCCAUUCUUCCUGAGGGAGUAUGUAAAAGGACAUGCAAAUGAUGUUUUUGAAGACUAUCCUCAGUUGCUGACAGAGAUGGCUCUUAGACUACCACAUCAGUUGAAGAAGAUUGGGGACAGUGUACAAGGUGUGGCCACGGCCACGUUUGAUGCAGCCUGGAACACAACACUGGCAGAGUACAUGAUGACACAGAGGACACCAUUUGUUAAGAAACAAGCACGAAAAUUACUGUUGUUUAUCAGUGGUUCACGUGAGCGGUAUCGUGAGAUACGUGACCUAUACUCUAUAGAGAAAAACUUGAAUGCUGUUAUAGAGCAGUGCAACAAGAGUGGAUUAUCCACCACAGAGAUAGCUCCACACAGUGUCAUACUACCUUACGACUCUCUCCUCGUUCUUAUUGAACAUUUGAAAGCAUGCGCUGAUAUAGCUGCAAGCAGACCAGUCAACUGGCAGAAAUACUGCACUGCAAACCAAGAUGUCAUACCAUUCCUUGUAAAAGCAAGUAUCUCACUUGACGAAGGCGUGGCACCAACACUUCUACAACUGUUACAAUGUGCUAUUUGUGGAACAGCUAUCGUCAAGGCGGUACAGUCGCAGGACGUUGCCUUGGGAACGUCACCAAACAAACAGAAGAAGGACAAAGACAAAGAUAAAAAUGAUGAUUCUGAUGAUGGACAGAAACACGAUGAGUCUCUUUGUUCAACACUGAUACAGCUGUUAAACAGAACUAUAGACAGAGAUUUGAUGAUGCACUUUGUAAGGACAUUCCUGCUGGAAUCUAACUCCACGUCUAUCAGAUGGCAGGCUCAUUCCCUUAUACACCAGAUUUACAAGAAUUCCAGUCUGCAAGAACAAGAUGGAGUUUUAGAUCAGUUGUGGACUUUAUGGAAGGAACUACCUUUGUAUGGGAGGAAGGCAUCUCAGUUUGUAGACCUCCUCGGAUACUUUGUGUUGGUCACACCACAAACUUCAGAGAAAAAGACAAAAGAGUAUCUUGAUAGAGCCAUUGACCUACUGAAGGAUGAGAACCAGAUACUGGCUAAACAUCCUAAUGCACAGAUUUACAAUAUGCUACAAGGCCUGGUAGAUUUUGAUGGUUACUACCUGGAAAGUGAUCCUUGCCUAGUCUGUAACAACCCUGAAGUUCCUUAUACGAGUCUCAAGCUGUCCAACAUCAAGGUGGAUUCUAAGUUUACCACAACCACACAGAUUGUUAAACUUGUAGGAAGUUACACCAUCUCCAAGAUAUCCCUGAGGAUUACAGAACUCAAGAGAACUAAAAUGGUACGAGUGAUGAACAUCUACUACAAUAACAGGACAGUUCAGGCUGUAGUCGAGCUGAAGAACAAACCAGGACUUUGGCACAAGGCCAGAAAGAUGACCCUUACUGCAGGUCAAACUGAUGUCAAGGUUGAAUUUCCAAUACCUAUAGUGGCGUGCAACCUGAUGAUAGAAUAUGCUGAUUUCUAUGACAACCUACAAGCCACAAGUGAGACAUUACAAUGUCCCCGCUGCAGUGCCUCCGUUCCUGCCAACCCUGGUGUGUGCGGUAACUGUGGAGAGAAUGUGUUCCAGUGUCACAAAUGCAGAGCCAUUAACUAUGAUGAGAAGGAUCCAUUCCUCUGUAAUGCCUGUGGUUUCUGUAAAUAUGCCAAGUUUGACUUCACUCUCACAGCAAAGCCGUGCUGUGCUGUAGAUCCUAUAGAGAAUGAAGAUGACAGGAAGAAGGCUAUUACAACAAUAAACACUCUUCUAGAGAAAGCUGACCGGAUCUACAAGCAGUUACAACUACAUCGUCCAGCACUCGAGAAUCUGAUGAUUCAGGUAGCCGAGCACAGCACCGACAGACCGGAGGACGGUGGCACACAAGGUGGUGGCGUGCCGGGAUCAGCCGUCAACAAAUCUAUACAACACCUUGCGCUGAAAUAUUGCGGCGAAAGCAAAUCUUCUUUUGAUGAACUGAGCAAAAUUAUUCAGAAAGUGCUUGCGUGUAGGAGAGAACUGGUGGACUAUGAUCGCCAACAGAGACAGGCUGUAACUACCAGUAGUUCACCAGUCACUAGUCCAAGAGAUGCUCCGGUACUCAAACAACCGGUCAAGAAACCGGAAAAGAUCAGUGGCAAGCCAAGCAAUUGUUUCGGAUGUGCCAGUGCAGCUGUGGAGCACUGUAUAACACUACUACGAGCCCUUGUUACGAACACCAACUUGAGGCAUAUACUCUGUAGUCAGGGUAUGAUACAAGAGUUAAUAGACUUUAACCUUCGCCGAGGCACACUACAUGUGAGGUCAGAGGUCAGAUCCCUGCUGUGCCUGCUCACCAAGGACAACCGGCGAGGUACCGAGGAGAUGAACAACAUCAUAAUGACCCGUAUAUCAGCGGCAGUAAAAGGACAUCUCUCCAACCCAGAUCUUGGAUCAUCAGUGAGACAUGAGAUUCUUCUGCUGGCAAACUCUCUGAAACAAGAAGACACCUGCUGGGAGUUUAGGGUCAGAUGUGUAAUGCGACUAUUCCUGAUGGGAAUGCAGCUGGAGCAGCCAGUCAUCAUGGAGAGUGUUACAUUACCGUGUCUGAGGAUAUUACAACAUUUGAUACGACCUGACAAGUCACAGAUAAACAAGGAGGGUGUUCAGGAGGAGCCACCACCUGUCAGUUCAGUGAUGGCCCUGCCCCCUGAUUUGCAUGUGAAUGGAGCUGAAUGGCUGAGCGGUAAUCAGAAAUUCUCAUACCAGAACUGGAGAAGAUAUCUGCCUGUACAACAAGUCACACAGCAGACUACACCUACUGUAGAAAAGAAAGAGGAAUUAACAGAGAAAGUAGAUGAAAAAGUCACUGUCGAGAAGUCUGAGGUUCGUGCUCAUUACCUUGAAGAGAAAUAUGCCACUAGGUGGCGCCACAAGAUGUGGAAGGUCCCUGGCGUGCCGCUGAAGUUGACACAGACAACAUGGCUCCAGCAGGCUAUGUUCUCGCCGUCGUCACAGUCGGCAAGGCAGACGGCCACAAGGGUCAUUGAGUACAUAGCUCAAGUUCCAUCAAGAAAGAAGGAAAUAGUUGACAUGCUUACUGGAUGUUUAGAUCAGGUGGGCAAGGCAGGGGAGUGUGCCCAGGAAUUCCUGGCUCUUUAUGGUAGAGUUAUACAGCCUACCCAUUGGAAGCAUUAUCUUGCCAUCAAAGGGGUGUUACUGAAAUUGGGAGAUCUGAUCACCAAAGAGGUAGAAAAACUACAGUACCUAGAGGAGACAACAUUAAGUUCUGAUCUUGCCCAAGGUUUUGCUCUAAAAUCACUCACAGAGUUACUGUCCUUGUUUGUUCAACAGAAGGAGAUAAAGCAACAUUACAAGAACAGACUGGUUGGUUAUGUACUGAAUGGUUACCUCUCACUGAAGAAACUUCUAGUACAGAGAACCAAACUGAUAGACGAGACACAAGAUAAACUUCUAGAGCUGUUAGAGGAUCUUACUACAGGUACUGAGUCUGAAACAAAAGAGUUCAUGCAAGUGUGUGUACAGACAAUACAGAAAUAUCCACUAGAUGAUAAAGUGUCCCCUGUCUUCAUAUUUGAGAGACUGUGUAGCAUAAUAUUUCCAGAAGAGAACGAUGUUGGUGAUUUCUAUAUGAUCUUGGAGAAAGACCCGCAACAAGAAGACUUCCUGCAGGGGAGAAUGCUGGGUAAUCCGUACAGUUCUAGUGAGGCGGGGCUCGGCCCGCUGAUGAGGGAUGUGAAGAAUAAGAUAUGUCAAGAUUGUGAGUUGGUGGCCCUAUUAGAAGAUGACACUGGGAUGGAGUUAUUGGUGAAUAAGAAGAUAAUCAGCCUAGACCUACCUGUAAAAGAUGUUUACAAGAAAAUAUGGGCACCAGAACAUGGAGAGGGUGAGCCGAUGCAGAUUAUCUACCGUAUGCGAGGAUUGUUAGGCGACGCUACAGAAGACAUGGUUAACUCCCUUGAAUCCAACACACAGGAGGAUAUAGAUAAAGAGGAAGUAUACAGGAUGGCAAACGUGCUGGCAUCUUGUGGUGGCCUCAACGUUAUGUUAGAUAGGUUGGAAUCCAUCAAGGACCUUGUGCUUGGCAAGCCACUAAUGCUAGUGUUACUAAAACUUUUCUCCUUUGCUGUUAACGUGAAAGCUAAUCGUCAGGAGCUGAUCAAACCAGAGUUAAACACCAUCACUGUGAUGCUUGGUGCGCUCAACCUGGCAUUGUGGGCGGAGCAAGAGAGUGGCUCCACGGCAACGAAAGGACAGACUAUAACCGAACAGAUUUUACAGAUUAUGGAAACCAUUUUGUUAGAAGCCAGUUCACAGUCAACAGAUAAAUACACUGAGUUUUCGAAAUUAUGUGGGGACAAGGCCCAGCUAAUGAUGUUACUGGAACGAAUAAACUCGGCAUUUGUACGAUCUAACACGAGUGUCCUUCAAGCACUGAUGAGGCUGAUACCAUUCCUGGCAUUCGGAGAGGAAGACAAAAUGUUAACUCUAAUCAACCAUUUUAAACCUUACCUAGACUUUAACAAGUUUGAUGCUGAGCACACUCAUGAUGAAAAAGUACAUUUGGAUUGCUUCUGUAAUAUUGCUGCCGGUAUCCAGAACAAUGACAAUGGUGUGAAGCUAAAGGAUAUGAUCGUAGAACAAGGACUGGUGAAAAUGGCGUUAGAUUACAUACUAGCACAUGCGCCGGAAGUCAAAACUCUUUUAGCUACUGACUCUGAUAUAUGGAAAGAUUUUCUUACGAAGCCAUCAUUGAGCUAUAUUUUGAGACUGAUGACUGGAAUAUGUGACGGUCAUGAACCUACACAGUUGGAGUUGGGCAAUCACCUGAUACCAAUUCUACACAAGUUAGAACAGGUCUCUUCUGAUAAGCAUAUUGGGACACUGGCGGAAAACUUCAUGGAAGCUUUAAGAAAAAAUCCCACAGUGGCUGCCAAAAUUGAAGAGGUACGUCAACAAACUAAGACAGAGAAGAAGAGACUUGCCAUGGCUGUUAGGAAGAAACAUCUUGGUGCCCUUGGUAUGACUACAAAUGCCAAAGGUCAGGUGACAGUCAAGGCAUCUGUGUUGAAACAGAUUGAAGAUAUAAAAGAAGAGACAGGACUAACUUGUUGUAUAUGUAGAGAGGGGUAUAGAUACCAGCCACAAAAGGUUUUAGCGAUUUAUACAUUUACCAAAAGAGCCAAUCUGGAUGACUUUGAGAAUAAACAACGUAAAACUUUAGGUUACUCGACUGUGUCUCACUUCAAUGUUAUACAUGUAGACUGUCACACGGCAGCUGUCAGACAUGCUCGUGGUAGAGAAGAGUGGGAAAGUGCAGCCUUACAGAAUGCCAACACCAAGUGUAAUGGUUUGUUACCACUAUGGGGUCCCCAAGUACAGGAGUCCGCUUUCGCUACAUGUCUCGCAAGGCACAAUACUUAUCUACAAGAAUGUACAGGUGUUAGGGAUCCUAGUUACCCAUUCAACAUACAUGACCUGAAGUCGUUGUUACUGAAGUUUGCCGAGGAGAAAACAUUUAGUGAUGAUAGUGGUGGUGGUGGACGUCAGAGUAACAUGCAUCUGAUACCCUACAUCAUGCAUAUGUCACUUUAUGUCAUUAACACGACAAGAUCUGGUAGUAGAGAGGAUAAAAAUUUGAACAAUUUCCUCGAGUCAGCUAGAGACAAGUGGCUUGAGAAUUGUUUUGAG